UGUUACCGUGACGUGUGAUGUCCCAACUUGUUUUUUGAAAACGUCCGCAAAACGAAUAGCUUACAAUAAUUUUAUCAUUAGAUUCGAUAAGGUAUUUUAUCGUGACCGCAUGACCGCGUAGCUGAAAGGUGCAAAAAUGCUUCGUCUAUUAAUAUUAGCUGGGUUUUUACAAUGUACAAUUUCGCAACAGUACCAACAAAAAGUUGCGCCUGGGGUGCCUCCGCAGAAUUAUCAGAAUUAUCAACAACCGCCACCUCCUCAGCCGAUACAGCAACAGCCGCCUCCUCAACAGCAACAAUAUCAGCAGCCGCCACAACAGCAGCAAUACCAGCAGCCGCCCCAACAACAAUAUCAACAACAGGUGCCCGUACAACAGAUGCCGGUGCAGAAUUCACAUGGGAACCAUGGAGGUCAUGAUCCCCAACUUCUAAAUGCGGCCAAUAUUGCCCAGGAGAGAGAACAUAUUCAAGAGCACAUGGAAGUACCGAUAGACACAUCGAAGAUGACCGAACAGGAACUACAGUUUCAUUAUUUCAAAAUGCACGAUGCUGAUAAUAAUAAUAAAUUGGACGGAUGCGAGCUGAUUAAAAGCUUAAUUCAUUGGCAUGAACAAGGUCAUAAUCAACAACAACAGCAGCAACAACAGCAGGGCUCCCCUCCUGUGGGCGAGAAAAUUUUUAAAGAUGACGAGUUAAUCAAUUUGAUAGAUCCAAUAUUAAACAUGGACGAUCAUAAUCGCGAUGGUUUCAUAGAUUACCCUGAAUUCAUUAGAGCGCAACAGAAGAAUCAAAAUAAGGAAAAUAAUUAAUUUCUUGCGAUAUUUUUUUUAAUGUGGGAGUUUUUUUUGUUGUAUGGCAACAUUGAUUUGAAAACGUUACUUUGUACAUUUUUAUGUAUGUAUACGUAUAUUUUUAUAAGUUUUUCUUUAUUAUAUAUAGAUAUAAUAUUGAAAAAAAAAAAAAAAAUCGUUUGAUAAUUUCACGUAUUUUUUUGAGUCGACACUUUCAAAUGAGGCGAAAUAUGAACAUAUACUCGAAAAUGUGUGAUGCAUUUGUGGAUCUUUAUAUAUGAUUUAAAUAUACUAUUUUGUGCCCUAAAAUAUGUAAUAAUAUUCAAGGUUGUCAUUUCAUAGUUUAACAAAGCCCACAAAUAAAGAAAAAAAAAAAAAUCUCGAAACACUUAAUUUUUAUUUUACGGCUCUGGAUGCAAGUUAUUUGAGCCGAACAUCGAUUUUUAAUGUCAAUUAAUAAAUGCAUCGCUAUUUCAUAAGAUUUAGUAAUACAUUACAAUCAAUUAUUAAAAAGCAAAAGACUUAGGGAUUCCUAGGUAUUUGUUAGGUGAAUUAUUCAAAUUCACUGGUGCUGAAAAGCCUUUUUAUCCUUUCUUAUUAUUAUUUUAUAAUGAUAAGCGAAUUAACUUUACUAGCUGAAAGUAAAGCUUGUAUAUAUACAAAUUCUAAUAUAGUCUGUAGCAUUUGUAAAACCCUAUUGUUUUAAUUUCGUGUCACUUAAAAGUGCGCCGAUGCAUUUGUCAAAAUGAGGGUAUGUUGAAGUUUCGCUUCUGUCAAGUCAGUAUUGCCAUACAUAUAAAUCGGUAGUUUUUGGACUCUGUUAGUGUUAAGAAUUUUUUUUAUAUAUAUAUAUAAAGUCGAUGUAUAUUUUGUUCGGAUGUGCUUCCAAACUUUUUGAUCGAAUAUUAUUUAGUAUUUAUUUAAACUUUGAGUUUUUCUUUUUAAUUAUCUUUAAUUUAGUUUUUUCUUAAUUACAAUCGAAUUUUUUAGUCUCAUUUUUUUUCUUUUAACUUAGUUUUCUUUUUUAAUUUCGUAUUAUUUAGAAUCUCUUUAUUAAAUAUUUUUUCGCUUCUUUUCAAAAUGGUCACAAUUUUAUUUUAUUUCAACUAAAGUGCCACAAAAUAUUUGUAAAAUAUUUAAAAAAAAAAUAUGUACAUAAAUAUAUUGUUUUAAAACUUAGUUUUCUCCUUGAUAUAGAAAAUUAAAUAAAAAUAAUAUUCAAUGAGAAAGUGAAUAUAUUAUAUAAAAAGAUGUGCAUUUUUAUUCCAAUAUAAGUAUAUUUUAUCUGUCAUAUAUUUGCUUAUAAUAUAUUAGGGCUCGAUUAACCGAAUCAAUAGCACGAUAUAUAGAAUAAAACAGAUAUCAAAAUAUUUUCAGUAUAUAUAAAUAAAAUAAGUUUCUACGUAUGAAAAAUGCAUAUUAACUGCAUGUUUGAUUUAAGCUAAUAGCUCUGCGAUACUGUAUACUACAAACAGUUCUCGAUUAAUAUCUAUAUUUAUAAUACAACACUAUUCCACUUAGCUACUUAUAAAAACUUUUGAAUUCCAAAGAUCCGACUAAUCCGAUAACUAAUUCGCUGACAUUCAAAACGCCAUUCUAAAACCGUAGAUUAUUAAUAUCGCGGCCAUGUUAUGUUAUGUCAUGUCAUGUCAUGUCAAUGCAAGGUCAAGAUUGUUUCUUUAUUCCCGCCAUUGGAAUGGAUAUAUAUUCAUCGGUUAUAGCUUCAAGCAGCUGUACUCAAUCUGCGACCCGGCGGGUAUUGUGGUUGGCACACUUGACUUUACUUUGAACUAUUUUAAAUUUCAACGGUUUUUAAUAACACCUAAAUAAUUUGAAUUGAAACUGCUUGUGGUCAAACACUGCACAGUGUUCGAAACGUAAUGAAAUGAUAAAACAUUGUUAAAAUAUACGCGAUCAGCUCAUAGUUGUUUAAUUUAAUUUGUAACAAUCCCGAAACCUAAGAAAUCAUUACGUAAAUAUUUUUUGUUUGCGUCCGCGUCACCAUGGCUAACGUGUUUGUGGUUCGUAUAAAGAAAAGUUUGAGUAUCACUUUUUUAGAGGAUGAACGAGUUACUGUAAUUACAGUCACAUAGAGCAUACCAUAGCCAAUAGAGACACGCUAUUAUUGGCAGUCUAUUGACAGUGUCAUAUGUCGCUUACGAUUAUUUCAAGGCGAAGGCCUUCCUUCCUUCCUUCUUAAGUCCACGCGAGCUGGUUCUCGAUGUCACCGCCUAACUGUGACAUCAAUUCCAUCGCGAACAAAUAAAUUUGGCAACUCCUUUCUUUGUCGCACUUCCAAAAAAUGGAAUUCCUUACCAGCUCACGUAUUCCCCUCCUCUUACAACCCGGGUUCCUUCAAACGAGGCGUGAAGAGGCAUCUUGCGGGCCGGCAAGGCGAAGGCGGCUAGUGCAGAACGUUUUUCCCGUCUGUACUGGCCGUCGUCGCAUUUGGACUCUACUACCACUUACCAUCAGGUGGAGUAGAGUCAUUUGCCCUCCCGGCGAUAUAAAAAAAAAAAAAAAAUGAAGAAGCCGUCAAUUUGCUUAAAGAGAAACAAAACUUAUUCAAAAUAUAGAUUAAUAAAUUAUAUUUAAUUCAAUAUAUGGUUUAAAAUGUCGUCAGACUAAAAAACACUUACUUAAAUCCGUUACGGGAUUUCGGUUAAUCGAUUCUACUGAACAUGCCUUUUAUGUACAUUGUGUUUAUUGUAUGUUUAAUCUGUUGUAAAUAUCAUGACCAUAGACACGCAUUGCUAUCUAUUGGAAAAUAAUCAUCUGGUAAUUUUUGAGAUUAUUAUAAAAUACUCGAUUUUCGUUUGUAUAUUGGAAUCAUUCUAUCAUAUUAUUUAUAUUUAAAUAUAUAUAUAUAUAUAGUUGCGUUUUAUUAUAAUGUCUAUUACACAAGACUAUCUUACACGGUCACAGAAAAACAGAUAAUAAAUAUGAAUAUGAAAAUAUCAUUUGGCAACAACCAAAUGAUAUUUUCGUAGUGUUAUGUGUGCAAUGUUUUGUCUAUGGUUUUUAAGGUUGUGUCGUCUAAGUAUGGAAUGUUAUUGAUAAAAUAAAAAAUAAAUUUAUACAAUGA